AUGGGCGACCUCGGCAGUUUUCUUGGCGCCUUGGACGGCGCGUCGGCGCACGAGGCCGGUUGGCUCGAAGCCGCGGCGACCGCGCUCAAGGGCCAAGGUGUGGCAACGAUCGCCGAUUUAGAGGGCGCGGCAUUCGAGGAUCUCUCUUUUGCCGACAAGGAGCUCGACGCCGCGCAGAAGCGCCUCGUGCGCGCGGGGAUCACCGCGGCGAGCACGCCGGCGCCGGUGGCUGGGGGCUCGGCGGCGGCCGCCCCUCCAGCGCCCUCGGCGGCGGAGAACGCGGCCGCCCUCUUGGCCGCGCUCAGGACGGGCACCAGCGAGGCGCAAGCGAUCUCGACGCGAUCUCGGGCUCGCGAAAAGCCGGCCCGCGUAUUCUUGGGCCCUCUCCUCGGCAAGGCGUCGCUGGCCAACCUCCCGCAAGACUCCGACAUGCUUGACGCGUUGAACGCGGAAGUCUUGAAGCGGCAGAAGAAGGAAUCCAGCGAGAAAGCGCGCGUCUUCCUGUACUCGGACAUCCGCAAGUGGGUGCCCGAGUGGGCCCGCUCGGGCCCUCGCGAUUUCGAAGAGGAGGCUGACGGAUCGUCCGGCGCCAGCAAGGACAUUCGUGACCUCGCCAAGGAAGUGGCGGCGGUGAAGACAGGGCCCGAGAAGAAGGCCUACUUAACCCUCUGCCAGUGGCAACUGGCUUGGAACCGGCGCGACCUGCCCGUCGCGCGCCCCCCCCGCGCGCCUGCCUGUUAUCGCGCCGCGCGCGGCAGGUACUUGGUCGCGCUGGUCGCCGCGGGCCAGCUCGCGUGGGCUGAGGCGCAGGCGCAUCGCGACAACUGCUUGAAGGUGGCGGUUCAGGCUGCGCGCGCGCGAUUUCUCGUCGCUCUCUGUUCGCCGCGCGUUGCCGCGCAGGCGGCGGCCUCGAAGCGCCGCGUGCACCUCGGUAUCGUGUGCGACGAGGAGGCGCGGAAGGCGCGCCCCUGCGUUCGUGCUUGCGCGGCGCCCUGCGUCUGUGCCGGCGCGUGGCAGCUAUGGGCCGAGCAGCUACGCUCGGGGGGCCCAGAUUUCAAGCUGGGGAAGACGAUCCUGCGGGUCGACCCGCGCGCCCUACAGCUGGCGCGGGAUGCUUGCGACAAAGAAGACGGCGCCACCCACGCGACGGCACCGGCGGCCCGCGCUCCCGAGAAGGCGCGCGGGGCGGGCGGCGCCAGCCAGCCGUGGCGCGCCGCGCAGAGCUGGAGCAGCGGCUCCUGGGGCAGCGAUUGGCCGAAGGGCCAGAAGCGCGAGCGCUCGUGGGGCAGCGAUUGGAAGAAAAAGGACACGAGGAAGGCACGGACGCCGCCGCGCCCGGCGCAGCGCUGA